UCACCCAGACAUCACAUGUAAUGGUAUUUUGGACAAACCAGGGGUGUUUCAACAGUAUAAAAAGAGAGCCCCAUUUCAGGGGACUUUCAGGUCACUCUGGGACGUCCCUCUGUGUGGAUCUCCUGUGGUGAGCAGCAAUAAACCCUUGCUUUUCCCAUUCACGGCUCUCUGUGAUUUUGUCAUCCUCAAACUGAUUGAAUCUCGUACGAGUUUGGGCUGAAAUAUUCUCACUGCAGAACUCUUGAGAAACUCGUCUGAAUCACCUGAAACAUCAUGUCUACUUGCAUACCUGGAGGCUGGACUGAAUGGAGGAUAACUGAUGAUGAUGUGAAGAAAAUCUGCGAGUUGGUGAAACCUGAAGCUGAGGAGAGGGAAAAAACAAAGUUUACUGUUUACGUCCCCCUGAACUACCGCAGCCAGGUUGUAGCAGGAAUAAACUACGAAAUGAAGGUGUUUGUGGGAAAUGACUCCUGUAAUGACUUGUGUCUUCUUCUGAGAGUUUUCCAGGGACUCGGUCCUGAUCCUGAACUUGUGCUUCAGAAAACUACAUUGGUUCCACUUCCCAGCAUCAUUACCCAUUAAAAUCCCUGAAUAAUGAUCUGUGUGUAAUGAAAUGUUCUUUACCAUUGCUUCAUGUUUGUGGUAAAGAGACAACUUAAAGACAAUAAUAAAUUUCUUCAAAUGAUCAGUACAAAUGUUGGUUUGAGUGUUUCAUGUUC